GCUCCUGAGACUCGAGCGGUCAUCGCGUGGAUGGAGCGGAUCCCGUUUGUGCUGAGCGCAAACUUGCACGGCGGGGAGCUCGUGGUCUCGUACCCAUUCGACAUGGCACGCUCCUACUGGGCAGCACAGGAGCUGACCCCGACGGCGGACGACGGCUUCUUCCGCUGGCUGGCCGUGGUGUACGCCACGACGCACCGCACCAUGGCGAGCCGCGAGCGGCGCGUGUGCCACUGCGACGUCUUUCAGGGCGGCAUCGUCAACGGAGCCGAGUGGCACACCGUGCCGGGGAGCAUGAACGACUUCAGCUACCUGCACACCAACACGUUCGAGGUGACGAUCGAACUUGGCUGCGACAAGUUCCCGCACGCGAGCCUCCUGCACGAGGAGUGGGACCACAACCGGGAAGCCCUCCUGCUCUACAUGGAGCAGGUGCCAGGCUAG